CAGAUACAAAUGCUGUCUUCAGGAGACGUCCAGGGUUGUCUUCGCAAACUGGAAACUCUCCUGCGGGUGAUAAAGUACCCAGGAUAUGUCGACUACAAUGGCCUUUCCAAAGGAGAUCCCUCCGCUUUUCUACCAAUUGUGAGCUUUACCUUCACCUCAUUUUCUCCACCUUUUGCGAAGCAACUAUUGGAGGAUGGACUGGAGCUGACUGGCAAAACUGACCUCCGAUUCACUGACACUCUUUAUAAGCAUGUGGUUGUGGGUGUAGUGCUGCGAGAUGUCUUCCACUAUAAACCCAUAACGACCAAGCAGCAGUUCCUUCAGUGGGGUUUCUCUCUAAGGAAAAUCUCUGUCACCUGUGACAUCAUUAACUGUGUCCUGCAGAAACACAAUCAGCUGAAGAAG